AUGAAUCCAACAAAUUCACAAAUUCAAAUUCCUAACUCAGAGAGCUUUUCACCUUCAUAUAAUCUUACUUAUUACGCGGUUUCUCAAGGUAACAACAAUCUCAUCGUCUCAUCUCAAUCGAAUCUUGAACAAGUAACCGAAAGUUCAACUGCAUCAAGUGAGAACAUGUGUCAUGUGGUUUCCACUCCGUCGCAGGCAGAUUCAAUGCAAUCUGCUCCAAGUUAUCAGCCAUCUCAAACUAAUUCUUUUGGAAAUCCUACAAUUCAAAGACAACCAGUUCAUCCUAACACGUUUAUUUAUCGACCACCAAACGAAUAUUGUCAGUAUCAUGUUAUUUGUGAAAAAAUCUCUAAUGAUCUCAUUAUAAAGUUAUUGCGUAAGGAAAAUAUAAUGCGUUUAAAACAAAAUGAAUAUGUUUUCUUUUAUCAACAGCAAUGUAAUGAUCAAAUUUAUCAGGUAUCUUGUGAAAUUAUUUCCCCUUCUUUUAUUAAUAAUUACUUAAAUAAAAAUAUUCAUGGCAUUGAAAUUGAACAGAAUAUGGGACAAGAACAGUUAGCUUUAACAUUUGAUCAAGGAAAAAGUCUCGAACUUCAUCUUUUACAAUACUUGAAUAAUUUCUCUUUAAACUAG